AAAUAUCCAGAACGGCCCUCCCAAAAUACUGUCACAUGAUGAACACCAAGCCGCAGCUAUAAUAUCAACAAUUAUCAAUUAUGACAUUGAUCACACAAAUGAUCAAAAUGUUGCAAAAUUGCUUUUAA